AUGCGUCUCUCUCUCGUCUUUGCUGCUCUCCUACCCCUCGUCGCCCUUGCCAUCCCCACCGCGCACUCCCGCUCCUCCACAUACGAGAAGGACCUCUUAGCCGAUGGCAUCGAUGCCAAUUACGGAAGGCACACCGGUGCAUACACCGAUGAAUCCGCUCCCAAGUACGACCGCCGCGACAAAGGGUACAUCGACGAAUCCGCCCCCAAAUACGACCGCCGCGACGUUGGGUAUACCGAUGAGUCCGCUCCAAAAUACGACCGCCGCGAUGUGGGGUACACCGACGAAUCUGCUCCCAAGUACGACCGCCGUGAUGAAGGGUACACCGACGAGUCCGCUCCCAAGUAUGACCGCCGCGAAGUGGGAUACGCUGACGAGUCUGCUCCCAAGUACGAUCGUCGCAGUGAGCUAACUCUCCCACCUAUUGGCACAACCCGCGCUGAUCGGCCAUAUCAGGCAGGGCGUAGGUCGACACGACCACGAUCAAAUGACUGA